AUGGCUAUCACAAUUGAAGAGAUAGUUUCUUCUACUGAUGAGUAUUGGAAGAUGACUUUCGAUGGUGCAUCGAAUGCCUUGGGGCACGGGAUUGGAGCCAUUCUGGUCUCACCUGGUGGAGAACACUAUCCUUUCACUAGCAUAUUGAAUUUUGAUUGCACGAAUAAUAUGACCGAGUAUGAAUCAUGUAUUAUAGGUCUUAGAGCUGCCAUUGAGCAUAAAGUAAAAGCACUCAAAGUAGAGGAAAAUCAGAUGGCGGAUGCUCUGGCCACUUUAGCAUCAGCUUACAAAGUCAAUGAGUAUUCGAGCAUGGUGUCUAUUACAAUGCAAACCUAUGAAUAUCCACCCCAUUGUUAUAGUAUAGAAAAUGAAGAGGAUGAGAAUCCAUGGUAUCGAGACAUCCUUAAAUACAUUAAAUAUCAAAGUUACCCCGAGCAGGCAACUGAGAAUGAGAGAAGAACUAUUCGGAGGUUGGCUGCAAGAUAUGUGCUUGAUGGCGAGAUCUUGUACAAGAAAAGUCAUGAUCAGAUUUAUAGGGAUAAGCUCCACACUCCUCCACACCCAUUACACGUGAUGAUUUUUCCAUGGCCAUUCUCUAUGUGGGGCAUGGAUGUUAUUGGGCAAAUUACACCCAAAGCUUCUAAUGGACAUCGCUUCAUAUUGGUGGCAAUAUACUACUUCACUAAGUGGGUAGAAGCUGCUUCUUAUGCAAAUGUUACUCAGUUAACAGUUUGCAAAUUCUUGAAAAGAGAAAUUAUCUAUCGAUAUGGGUUGCCAGAAAGGAUUAUUACUGACAACACCUUGAAUUUAAACAACAAGAUGAUGGGAGAUUGGCAUGAUAAGUUACCAUUUGCUCUAUUUGCCUAUCAAACUUCAGUAAGGACGUCAACUGGGGCAACUCCGUUCUCCUUAGCCUAUGGGAUGGAGUCUGUAUUACCUAUCAAAGUUGAGAUUCCAUCACUUCGGGUGCUAUCAGAGGUUAAGCUAGAUGAAGCAGAAUGGAUGCAAGCUAGAUAUAACCAGCUAAAUUUGAUUGAGGAAAAAAGAUUAAAAGCUAUAUGUCAUGGGCAAAUGUAUCAGAAACGUAUGAUAAGGGCACAUAACAAAAAGGUUCACCCACGAGAAUUUCAGGAGGAAGAUCUGGUACUAAGAAAGAUUUUACCAAUUCAGAAAGAUUUUCGAGGUAAAUGGAUGCCCAAUUGGGAAGGACCUUAUGUGGUAAAUAAAGCCUUUUCUGGUGGAGCUUUGAUUCUCACUAAGAUUGAUGGACUAGAAUUACCUAACCCUGUGAAUGUUGAUGCAGACAAGAAAUAUUUUGCUUGA